CUGGCUUGUGCUGGCUUGUGAUUACGCUCUACGGCAGUGCCUGAGGAGGGGAUGGGCGCACAAACACAGAAUGUGGUAUGAUGUGUCUGUGAUCUACGAUUGGCACUCCAGUUUUGUCGCUUUUUCCUUCUCUUUGCCUUGGUAUCGGUUGCGGAGCUGCGUCCAAUGGACACCGGGAGUCAGUGCGCUGUCUUUUUCUUCGUAUUGCCGGACCCGGCCCACCAUUGGCUCACCGGUCUGGCGUACCACGUAUGGUUCGGAGCUUGUUUUGGAUCUCUGCUUCUCUUGCCUCCUCGCACACAGCCGCGCUUGCACAGCCCGGGCACACAGAAUUGCACAAGGUCCGUCGCCUUUGUGACGGCUUUCACAAGCCCCAAAAAGGGUGCGGUUCCAAGGAACUCGCGUUUUGCCCGGGGACGGCGCCGGCUGUGGCGAGUAAAAGUGCGCUUAUAUCCGGCGCCAGCAGCAGUGGGUCCAGGAUAAAAGCCUCUGCUCCUUGCAGCUAUCGAAAAAUUUUGUUUCCCUCGAUCGCAAAGCGCGCUUAUAGGCGGGCGGGGUUCCAGAACCGGCCGUGGACCCCUCCCCACACAGCCCACCCACUGCCCGAUUCACACAGUGAAAAUAUUCUCAGCGGCAAAUUUUUCCACUCUUUGCAACCGCCCCUCCUGCCUUUCCCGACCGUUUUCUUUCGUGUGGCCAGUCCUUAAAUGCCUGACUGGGCGGGGCGCGCCUGGCGCACCUCUUUCAUUUUGC